CCGUUUAAGACCAAACACCUAAAUAUGUAUUAAGUUUUUAAUGUUGGCGAAACUAUUCCAAGCGAAAAUGUGCCAGAAGUCAAACGGAAUAGAAUAAAAAGUUCUCAAGUCAAAGAAUAGCAGAUUUUUCAUUCGUAGUAAAUGAAUUUCUAACAGAAAGUUCUUGUUCGAAAAAUUGCCAACUUUCCUGGCGUCUCUUCAAAAGUUAUAUUCUUCUUAUAACUAGUUGAGACAGAUGUUUUGAAGUUUUAAGUUUUGCCUGUUGCUGGGAUGGUACGUCUAUUAAAUUGCAAAUAUCGAACAGAUACGUUUAGAUAUUUAGCAUCAAAUUCUAAUAAUCAUUAUAUACCGAGAGAAAUAGAAAUACACUAAAACAUGAUAUCUAAUGAAAUAUUUAAUAAUGAAGAAUCUUGUAAAAUUCUAACGUCAUUAUAAGUAUUAAUAACUCUCAAAGAGAUAAAAAGAAAAGUGUGGACUGCUGAAUAUGAGGAUAGGUUUAGAUAUGGGAAAAGAGAUAAUUCUUGGAGAGAUGUAGAGGAACUCUUUAGGUUUUAAAGAGUAUUUCUAGUGUAAGUCUCUUCUGUUUGAAGAGUUCAAUAGUAAGAGGUCAACUCAAGCGGAGCUCUCUCCAACAUGCUCAACAAUCACUUUUCGUAAACACUGAGUCUGCUAUAUAAACCACCAUAGAUUUAUUGGCCAUCUGCUUAAAGGACCUUUCUACAAAAUAAGGAACCAUGGCAAGUCAGGAAAUCAGCUGAACGUGUUACGUUCUGGUCACCUUUCACCUGAUGACAUCAACAUGCAGCACAUGAAUGCCGACAAAGAACUUUUUCUGGACAUACUCACCAAAGAGGAACGAGAAGCUUUAUUGACUAAAAAAAUGGAGGAAAUUCGAAAAAAGAAUGAAGCUCUUCGGAAAAGGCAUGAAGAAAUUGAAGCAGAUAAAAGACAAGCAGAAAAGAUGGUCAAACCAACAUCCCCAAAGAAAGAAAUCAAGAGUGUGGAUUUCAAACCUGUGAAAAAGGAAGAAUUUCAUCGCCAUUCUGGCUCUGACUUUGAUUAUCUAAAAUUACGGACUGACAUGGAGAUGACCCCUACUGUUGACAGCUUGAUAUUACCAGAUUUGAAGUUUUAUUCCAAAAUUCUUUCUGAAUUGGAAGUGAAAAGGAGACCAAAACCACCUGCACGUGGCAAAGGCCCAGGUAACAGAGUCAAAGAACGACCAAAGUCUUUGCAGGAUGAGAAUGGAGAUCUAUGUAUCGACAGUGUCUAUCGAGGUCGCCGGUCUAUGCAUGCAGUGGGUUCGACAGGUGGGCAGCAUCGGCUUGAGCGAAUGACCACUGUACCUAAUAAUGAAAUGAAUGAAAUUCAUAUUCAAAUUACUGACAACGUUCCUGAAUACCGGCCAAAUUUCGCUAAUAUAAGGCAAACCAGAGAUAAACAUAGGGAGAGAGAGCGAGAAAAGACUACAGACUUCAAUGGCCCACCACCUGACCCUGCCUACAACUUCCUUGCAGAUAGACGCCGUGAAGGUCCUGGUUAUGACCGAGGUGACAGGGAUGGAGGAGGAGGAGGUGGAGGAGGAAGCAGUGGCAGUGGCGGGAGAGGAGGAGGAGGAGGGGGAGAAUGCAGCAACUUAAAAGAUAACCGUGCAAAAGAUGUUCGCAGGCACCCAAAAAACUAUGGUGGAAUUGAUUUUCAAAAUGUGAAAUCAAAAAUGAAAGCUGCAAGAGAUAGACAGAGUUUCAAUUCUACUCCUCCGACAAAAAUGGAGAUGUCUAUAUCGAUGACAGGUCGUGAGAGACGCCAAUAUAUGGAAUGGAAAGCAGAGAGAGACCGAGUUGACAAAGAAAGAAUUGAGAGACAAAAAUCUGCUUCAGGAGAAUGGCGAAGAGAAUGGGAUGCUGAGAAGCAUCAGCAAGAGUGCAUUGUCAAUCAACAGUUCAAACUAAUGCAGGUUUCCCCAAUGUAUGAAGAAAAUUCAAAUGCAAGACGUCAGGAGUUAUCUCGUCGACCAGUGGAGUCUGUCUGUGUGUCAGAAGAGAUGAGGCUUUGUUCAAACGUUCAGAAAAGCAUAUCACCUGAAAGGAGACAAAAAGUAGGACUACUAUCUGGUCGAAUUGGCAGUGGUCGUUUUGACCGUGGCGAAAGAGAUGACCGCCAGAGGGGUGAAGCCCCUGGAACCAAAGUAGUUUCUUGCCCUGCAGAAGUGGUUGAAUUGAAGCGCCCUAGCCGAAUAGGUGAGAAAGCUGAUAAAGGAAAGAAGUUGUUGGGUCGAGGCCGUGGAAGAGGUCGUGGUAUAACUGCACCACCUCGAAGUCGUAUCAUACCAGCAAAUCUUGCUAGUGAUUCUCGUAAAGUUGAGUGUACAAGGGAUCUGCUUGUUGUAAAGAUAGACAAUGCUCCAGGUGCUCAAGAUGAUGUAGAAGUUGAAUACUCUGAUACCGAUAAUAUUGCAUUACGGUCAGUCGGUGGUAGUGGAAUUGCUUCAGCUAGCAUACCUAUUUCAUAUGAUCAGACAUCACAUUCUAUCGUAAGCUCUCCUUACAGUAAGUCCUGUCCUACAUCAGGCUGUGCUCCUGCUGAAAAAAUGUGGGAUACCAUACAGGAGAAUUCAUGGGACCAGUCUCAGAUUAACCUGCAAAAUGGUGACCACCUUCACUGUGGCAAUGAUGAGGAAGAUGACGACGACGAAGAUGAUGAUGAUGAUGAUGAUGAAGAGGGUGUUAUGCUGGAAGACGAAUAUAUUGAAGAUGGAGAGCUUUACAGUGGUAUAUAUGAAGAUGCUGAAAAUGAAGCCAAUUAUGGUCUUGUACAUGGCAUGGUGGAAGGUGAGGAAUGGGAAGACUGUCCUGAUGAGGAUGACUUUUGCGUUGAAGAUGGUCAUCUGGUUUAUGAUAAGACUGAUAAAAUACAGGAAACUCUUCGACUUGACUGUCAGCUAAAUCCUGAAGCCCCGGCUUUUGUUCCCACCUCACCAGAUUUUUUGAAUGCUCCAUCAGAAAAUGACAAAACUAUCAACCUGGCCUCUAUAGAGCAUGCCAAAGAGUCUCUUGUUCAAAAUAAGAACAAAAGUGUUCAACUCCCAAUUUUGAGUAGCAGCUCAGCUAAAGAAUUUUCCGCUAAUACUGUUGACAAAGAUGAGGUCCAUGAAAAUAAAGUAUUAAAUGACUCUUCCUCCUUCUCCUCCUCCUCCUUAAAUCAAAAUCUUUGCAAAUCAGAUUCUCAGAAAGUUGUUGAGAAUCCUGAUAAAUUGACUAAGACUGAUAACGAAGGAUUAAAUUGCCAUGACAAAUGUGAAGAUAAAGCUGAUGGUGAUGCUGUUGAUGAUAGUGAUGCUAAAUUGGAAGAUAGCUCAGAAGCAUUUACAAAAAGUUUAUCAGAUUCAGAUAGCCUUGUUCCUGAUACAGAUAUUGAGACCAACAAAUUAGAAGAAACUAAUUUAGACCCACUGGCAACAAAAUCUGAUGAAACUGUUCAUAGUCACAAUGAACAAUCAGCAAAUAAGGUAGAGAAUUCUGAUUCUGAAACCAAAGUUACUACAGAAACAGUUAGAUCUGAAAAUGAACAUAAUUCUAAUGAACAAAUAGCUAAAGCAGAAAAUAUAAUUAAGGAAACUGAUGUAGUUGAUAAUAAAGAUAGCAAAGAGUUGAAAAGUGAAGAUACAGACAGCAAAGAAGAUGUAGCAUCAAAAAGUGAAGAUAGUGAAAAAACCACAGUGCCAAACUCAGAAACUGAUACGAAAACAGAAAUUGUUAAUGACCAGGCUUCAGUGUGUAACACUGAAAGCAUUGUUGAUGAACAGAAAGUAGAUGUCAAAAUAGAAGACAAUAUUUGUAAAGAAGAAUUAGAUAAAUCUGUUGAAGAAAAUGUUAGCACUGAAUCAACUGAGUUAAGUGAAAACCUUGAGACCAAAACUAGUGGGGAGACAGACGAUAAAGAGGGAAAAGCACCAGUGAAAGAAGAUCAAAGUAAAGCUGACGUUGGAGAUAAUUCUGAAAACUGUUUGAAUGUUACUUCUGAUGCUUCAAAGCAGAGAAAUGACAAUACUAACAGAGACGUUUUUUAUCCAACUGAAGAAGUUUGUGCAGUCACGAUCAAAGAAACUUUGCAGACUGUCAAAGAUGCUGGUGCUUGGAAAUUAAGUGUCAAAGAUGAUAUUGAAACAGUAUCAGUGUACAAGAGUUCCAAUGAGUCUAAUGCCUCUGAUUCCAAAACUGAAGGUGUAGCUGCAGCAGGUUCUGUCUCCUCCUCCUCCUCCUCUCAAAAUCCGUUGAAGGAAACUGUUUCUAAUAAUCUGCCAGACAGCAAUAACCAGUCUGUUAAUAAUGAAUGCAAUGAUCUUCACAAGAGCAGCACAGAUGAAAAAUCGAAAACAGAAUCUCCAGAUCUCGUAAGUGAUUGUUCAGAACAAGCAUUAAACUCUGUGUAGAACUGACUUUGAGACAGUUUAUAACAGAUUGUAUGGAAAAGCAUCAAUCGUCAUCAACUGUCUGACACGAAGAACGCAUUUCGAAAUGACCCUAAGAGAUGUGGUCACAUAUUUUUAGUUCCAUGCCAAUAAUCAUAAUUAUCAUAUCAUCACUGCUUGCACUUUUUCUUUAUACUUUCUACUCUAACACUCUGGCCUUCAUAUCAAAAGACAAGCACUACUAAGGCUACUGCACUUCUCAAAUAUAAAGUCUCCAACUUGUGAAAUACUUUCAUUUAGCUAUGGUAGCUUGACAAGAGUUUUUGAUGGAAACAGUAAUAUUUGACAAAUUCUCAGAAUUGUGUAUUUGUUUCAGAAUCCUUUCUCAUUGAUACAGAAAUUCAAGAGAAAGUCUAGAAACACUUACUCCUACUGUUGUUACUACUGCUACUGCUAUUAUGGAAAAAGUAAAAAAAAAAAAACCCUUACAGUGUUCUGUUAAUUUUCCAUCUCUGUAACAGCAACACUCUUGACAAUGAUGAUGAUAAUGAUUGCUUCCAUUGACACCACGAUUAAACCAUACCAUCCUCCGUCCCUCACAAUCUAUUUGCUGUGUACGUGUGAUGUAAUUGAACAUUUUCUAUGAAUUUUAAAAGGCUCACUGUUUGUAAUGAAUGAAACAAUCACUCUACUCCUCAACUAUCAUCACACCAAAACAUUUUCUCCUUUAAUCAAUUGGUUUUGGCGCUUAUGUGCUUAGAAAUAUUUAUUUAUAUACAUUUUUUUUUGCUCUCUUUUUUUUUUUUCUGUUCCAAUUUCUUCGCAGCACUAUCUCUCUGAAUGCAUGUGUGUGUAUGUAUCUUAUAAAUUAUUUUAUUUUCAGUUUUAAAAUCUCUUUUUGAAAUGUGUUUAGUGCUGUAAUGUUGCCAAUUAAGAAAAACUUACAUUGAUUCAAAUUUAUCUUUUAAUUUAUACAAUUGUCUAUCUAAUCUAUAAUUCUUAUUGAUAAAUAACCAUUUUUUAACAUUCAGUUUACACGUACAUCUUCUUUUCUGGGGUUGAUGAUGACAAUGUUAAUAAUAAAAAUUAGUUGUAGUUGUUAUAAUUAUUAUUAUUAUUCAAUGUGGUGUUGCAGUAAAUUCUAAACAAGUGGAGUCCACCACUUAAUUUUAAUCUGUAGUUGUAACUACUUCACAUACUUUGCUAACGAUCUUUGGAAAGGGUUGAAUAUCACAACAUCCUCCUCCUCCUCCCAAUGUAAGAAACCACCUGUUCUUUUAAUCUUUUCUUCCUUAGUGUAGACAAAUAAAUUUCUAAACUAUAUUCUUUGGCUUGGUCUUCUUCCAAGUGUUGUUGUUGUUGCUGUUGUGCCCCACCGCCACCACAUUCAGAAGUGGUAGUUUGAUAAAAUGUGCACACGCUCGGGGUUUUUUAUUAAAAAGACUGGAGAGCUCAUUACAUGCCUUUGAUGUUCCUAGAUGAACAUUUAGAAUGUCACAUAUGUGUUUUUAUUAUUUGCUGAGGUUGACUUUACCUUUCAUCCUUUGGGGGUCGAUAAAUUAAGUACCAGUUGAACACUGGGGUCGAUGUAAUCGACAUAUCCCCUCCCCCAAAAUGGCUGCCCUUGUGGCAAAACUUGAAAUCAUUAUUAUUAUGUGAGAAAUUAUCAUUAUUAUUAUUCUUUUCUUAUUUAUAUUAUUAUUGUUGUUGUUGUUGUUGCAAAAAGACAGUGGAUUGGCAGAAUUGUUAGAGCAUCAGAUAAAAUGGCUUGUAAUAUUUGUUCUGGCUCUUUACAUUCUGAGUUCAAAUUCUUCUAAGAUCAAUAUUGCCUUUCAUCCUUUUGAAGUUUAUUAAAUAAACUAUCAGUCAAUAUUUAAGUGUCAAUUUAAUUGACUAACCACAGUCCCCUUCAAAUUUCUGGCCUUGAGCCUGUGUUAGAAAUAAUUAUUAUUAUUAAAGCGAUGAGCUGACAAAAUGGUUAGCAUGCCGGGCAAAAUGCAUAGCAGCAUUUCAUUCGUUUUUACAUUCUGAGCUCAAAUUCCACUGAGGUCAACUUUGCCUUUCAUCCUUUCAAGGUUGAUUAAAUAAAGUACCAGUUGAACACUGGGGUUGAUGUGAUCAACUUAUCCUCUCCCCAGAAACUGCUGGCCUUGUGCCAAAACUUGAAAUCAUCAUCAUUAUUAUUAUAGUAGAAUUUAAAGAGCACCGAACAAGUUGCAUUUUACUUUUUUAAUACAUCCUGCCUUUACAUUCUGAAUUAAAUUCUCUUGGUGAUGGGGCAGGGAUCAAUAAAUUAAGUACCAGUUAUCAUCAUCAUCAUCAUCAUCAUCGUUUAACGUCCGCUUUCCAUGCUAGCAUGGGUUGGACGAUUUGACUGAGGACUGGUGAAACCGGAUGGCAACACCAGGCUCCAGUCUGAUUUGGCAGAGUUUCUACAGCUGGAUGCCCUUCCUAACGCCAACCACUCAGAGAGUUAUGUAUUGGAAUUAGUGUAAUAAAAACCCUCACCACUAAAAUUUGUAGCCCUGUGCAUAUAUAAGAAAUCAUCAUCAUUCUUAUUAAUAUUAAAGGUGACAAACUGACCAAAUCAUUAGUGUGUUGGACAAAAUGCUUAGUGGUAUUUAUUCUGAAUUUAAAUCCCGCCACGGUCAACUUUGCCUUUCAUCCUUUCGGGGCUGAUAAAAUAAAGUACCAGUCAAGUACUGGGGCUGAUGUAAUUGGCUUCCACCUCCUCUAAAUUUGCUGGCCUUGUGCCAAACUUUACAGCUAUUAUUAUUAUUAUUAUUAAUAAGGUAGCAAGCUAGCAAAAUUGUUAGCAUGCUGGAUAAAAUGCUCAACAGCAUUUCCUCUGGCAUUGUUCAGAGUUCACAUUCCGCCAAGGUUGAUUUUUGCCUUUCAUCCUUUUGCGGUUGAUAAAAUAAGUACCAGUCUAGCACUGCGGUCGAUGUAAUUGACUAACCCCUUCCCCCAAAAUUUCUGGGCUUGUGCCUAUUGAAGAAAAAAUUCUAAUUGUUAUUAUUGAAUAUAGUUCUUACUUAUUUAUCUGUACAGCUAUUCAAUGUCCAACUUCUGAUUAAAUGACAGCAAUU